CAAAAUAUCAAAAAGCGCGACGACCCCCCAAUCUGUAUAUCAUCAUCUCCAUCCAUCCAUCUAUAUAUAUACAUACAUAAUAAUAUUAUAUAAAAUCCGUGAAAAUCUAAUAUUUAUAUAUUAAACGUAUAGAUCUGAAAAACAUGAACGAAAAAGCUGGCGUCUCUAAAGAGCUUAACGCUCGGCACAGAAAGAUACUAGAAGGACUUCUUAAAUUGCCAGAAAAUAGGGAGUGUGCUGAUUGCAAAACCAAAGGUCCUCGAUGGGCUAGUGUGAACCUUGGCAUCUUUAUAUGUAUGCAGUGUUCUGGUAUCCACAGAAGCCUUGGGGUGCACAUUUCAAAGGUUAGAUCAGCUACAUUAGACACAUGGCUUCCUGAGCAGGUUGCCUUUAUCCAAUCUAUGGGAAAUGAAAGGUCAAAUAGUUAUUGGGAAGCAGAGCUGCCACCUAAUUAUGAUCGAGUUGGCCUUGAAAAUUUCAUUCGGGCCAAAUAUGAAGACAAGAGAUGGGUUGCUAAAGAUGGAAGACCAAUUCCGCCUGUCGCAGUGCAAGAGGAGAAACUCGCUUCUCAGUCGCAGAGACCUGUUGAGAAUUCUGAUGGUGAAAGGAAGAGUUACCAGGCACAUAGUACAAAGAGCAGCACACCUGUUGCAAGAAUAAAUCUUCGUGUGCCUCCAAAAGGACCUGAACCUGUGAUACCAAAAGCUGAACCGGCAGUUUCUUCUGCUGAGUUGGCAAAGAAGGUUGCUGAAACUGUCUCCCCCCCUAAAGUCGAUUUUGCGACAGAUCUUUUUGACAUGCUUUCAAUGGACGAUGGACCUACUGAGAAAGUUCCAGAAGUAGCAUCGACAGAUGAUCUAUGGGCGGGCUUUCAAUCUGCUGUUGAAGUACCAGUUAUGGGGACAACAGAAGUUACAAAACCUGUGGACAACCAGCCGAAGCCCACUCCUGGAAUAGAAGAUCUCUUCCAAGAUACACCUCCUCUCUCACAGCCCAAUGCAUCUGAAAAGCCUCAAAAGGAUGUAAAAAAUGAUAUAAUGAGCCUUUUUGAGAAGGGUAAUAACACAACAUCACCCUAUGCUCUUCAUCAACAGCAACUUGCUAUGCUAGCCCAGCAGCAGUACCUACUUAUGGCUGCUGCAGCUAAAUCGGGUGGUCUGCCAAACUUUUCUGUGAAUGGGCAACAUAAUGUAUCUGGUGGUACAAGUCUUCCCAUUCAAAACUGGCCAAACGUUAGCUAUCAAAACCCAGUUCCUGGAAAAGAUGAACUAGAGAAAUAUUUGCAGCAGAUGGGAAACAUGGGAGCAGCACAUCAAGCUGGGAAUCCAUUGCAGGUUCCAACAUCAAGCAUUUACACCAUGGGCCUGAAUGCCACUUCCAAUGGCAUGACACCUCCUGGGGGUUCAAUACCCGGACUUAUGGGUCAAAAUUCUCCUUUUAACGGCAUGGGACCUUCUGCGUCAUCUAAACCACCAACGACCUCUUCACUAACAUCCGCGUCUCCUUCUCAGUCUGCAAAAGACUAUGAUUUCUCCUCCUUGACUCAAGGGAUGUUCUCAAAACCAUAAGCCUUUUCAUGCAGUAGUUAUAGUUGUACCAUAAAGCAUAAUUCACAAAGAAAAAAAAAAUUUAUAUUUUUCCUGUAUUCGGGAUUGUAAACUAUUUGUAGAGGAUGCAAUUUUCAGUGUAUCUGUUUUCAUCUAUUCCCCUCCUACAUUCCUGAUGAUGGCAUCAUUUGUUUGUACAAGCAUUUAUAUUGAUAUUCAAAUUUACUUAUUUCCCAUGUAUGUGGAUGCAUAUUGUAUGAGAAGAUUCGAAGAAUGCACUUAACGUGUUCAGUUUUUUCAA